CUGGCGGGAACCCGGAUCGCAGCUUGGGCAAUUGGCACCUGGCGCUAUGGGGUCACUUCCUCCUUCCCCAGGCUGAACUGUCAAAUCGUCGGCAAUUCAAACCUCACGGUAAAGCAACCACCAACGGAAGAAUUCAGACAGCUAUAUAGCGCUGGCCAUCACACGCUCGUUACUUCUCAAAUUCUUAAUUACGACUAGACUUUUAUCCAAUCUUUACCUCCCCCACCUAGAUGAAGCUCGGGCACAACUCACAUCAUGGCCAGUAAACAAGUUCAGUGGCCCCAACGGCUUGCCAGCUUCCCAACUUUAAUAUGGCCACACUUAACUAUGGUUAAUCUCCUUCGUCUGGUCUGGCUCAGCACUGUCUAUUACGACGAACGUCAAGUGUAUAAGUCCGCAAUGGCAGCCUGUUAUUGGAAUAAUUGGGAGAACUGGGGACCGGAAACUGUCCCCCACCGAAUAGUUCUAGUUGCCGACCCGCAGAUAGUAGACCGACACACAUACGCUCAUCGAGGAAUCGCUCUCUCCGCAGCUAUAUUCUACACUGACCUAUACAUGUCCCGCUCUUACGACAGUAUCAUCGAUCACCUCAACCCCUCCACAGUUAUUUUUCUCGGCGACCUCUUUGACGGGGGCCGGGAGUGGGAGCUUACCGAUGAUUAUUGGUUAUCCGAGUACGCUCGGUUCUCCAAAGUGUUCCCUUCUACUCCGUACCGGAGAACUGUGCAGUCUUUGCCGGGAAACCACGAUAUCGGGGUAGGCAAUGGCAUCAAGGAGAGCGUCCUGGAGCGAUUUCGGCUAUUCUUCGGAGAAGGAAACAGUCUUUUAGCUCUCGGAAACCACUCGAUUAUACUGCUAGACACCCCAUCACUUUUGAAUGAUGUCAAUCCAAGGAUCCACAACCCACCCCGAGACUUCCUAGACUCCCUCCCAGACCUCCUCUCCCCCAACCCCCCCCUUCCGCCACACAUAAUCCAAAAUUCCUCAAUUCCCGCAUCCCCAUCUCCCGAACAAACCAACCUAAACCCCGUAAUCCUCCUUUCGCAUAUCCCCCUCCACCGACCAGCAGACACCCCUUGUGGCCCUCGCCGCCAAUCCCAGAAGCCAAUCCGCAUCGGCGGCGGAUACCAGUACACCAAUACUCUCCCAGAACUCCUCUCACAAGAGAUCCUACACAAAACUGGUGCAAAGCAUGUAUUCUCUGGUGACGACCACGACUCAUGCACCGUCGCCCAUGAAUACGACGACGGAAAGCAGAAGGCGGAGGAAGUGACUGUUAGAACGUUCGCUUGGACAAUGGGUGUGCGCCAGCCGGGGUUCUUAAUGGUUAGCUUGUUGAAUGAUGGAUUAAGGGAUGGGAAGGAAACGGUGCUGGUUCACGAGUGCCUGCUGCCGGACCAGAUCGGGAUUUAUCUAGGGUAUGUCGAGUUAGUUGUCCACACUUUAGUCAUUGUGCUUUUGAAUAUGGUCCGGAGGAGGGGCGGAGUCUGGUGGUGGUGCCGUUGUUUGAGACCGAGAGGAGGCGAGGGAGAGGAUAAGGGGAAACGAGAGGGAUUGUUGGGAAUUGUCCAGAGUGAGAGGGGUGCCGGGAUGGAAGGGGGUGUGGGGAAGAAACAGAAUAGGGAGUGCUGCAGGGAGUUUUUUGGGGAUCUAAGGGACUUGGUGAUUGUGGUUGUCCCGUUUUAUUUGGCUUUGCUGGUGUUAUGGUAG